AUACGACGAAUAAACAAGCCUGCCAACUAUAUAACCUACACUCUGCCGCCUGGCAAACAGGGUCUGGAGAUGAUUGAGCACGAGAGCGCUUCCACCGUCUCCAAUUUCAUCCGGCAGUACGUCCACUACCGUCCCCAGAUCGCCCUGCUCUGUGGCUCUGGUUUCGAUGCCAUUGUAGAGCUCAUCAGCAGUCCACGAAUCCUGCGUUUCGAUGAUAUUCCGGGUUAUCCCAACUGCGAAGCCCCCUCGUCUGCCAAUCAAAUCCCUGGUAAGUCCUCACACUACGUUACUGAGUCUUAG